AUGAUGAAAAUAAUUAUGUUCAAGAAAAGGGUUCCAUGUAAAUUCCAGAUGUGGAAUUUUCGUAAUAUUCAUAAUAGCCACUUAAAUAAAACUCUAAAGAAUAGAUAUGCUGAUGAAAAGAUGAGAGAUAAAUAUUUAGAUAAUAUAUAUAACAAUGAAAUUAAUAUUAAUACUAUCAAUAAAAAUAUAAAACAUAAAAAAAUUGAUUAUCUCAGACAAUUAAUUUAUGACGAAGCAGAUGGUAAUGACUAUUUCUUAAGUGACAACAUUUUAGAAGAAAUACAAAAAAAAAAAAAAAAAAAUAAUGUUAAUUUGAAUAAUGAAGAAAAAAAGCAAGAUGAUAAUUUAAAAUAUGCAAAUAAUAAUAUUGAUAAUGAAAAUAGAAAAGAAGAAAUGUGUGAAUCAAAAUAUAAGCAAGCUAUUAGAAUAUAUAAUUUAUUAAAAUUAAAUGAUAAAACGAAUAUAUUUGAUGAAGAUGUGUUUAUGAAUAUAGAUAGUAAAAUGAAUCAUGAUUUAUAUGAAUUUUCUCAGAAAUAUAUUUUAAACAAGGACAUUUUAGAAGGUACUAGCACUUCAUCAUUAGGAAUUAAUAAAAGUGGUAUAAUACAAAAUAAUGAUAAUAUAAAUAUUAAUACUAAUAGUAAUAAUAAUAAAAGAAAUUAUUACUUUGAAUCUUCUGCGGAAAUUAAAAGAGAUGAUUACAACAUAAAGGAUAAAAUCCAGAAUGAUCAAACUAAUAAUAAUAUAAAUGGUGAUACAAAUGAUGUUACAAAUGAUGAUACAAAUUUAAAUGUGAACAAAUCUUUUAACGAUAAUUUAAUAAACAAUAUUUCUGAAGAAUGUAAUUAUGAUAAAAAUAAAAAUUGUAAUAACAACUUUAUGAAUAUUACAAAUAUGAACUUACCCAUUUUUAAUCCGAAUAGUUUUUGUUUAGCUGUUGAAAAUUUAACAAACGAAAUAUGCGAAGAUUUGAUAUUUUUGUUUGGGGACAUAUUAGAAGAAAAAGAAAUACCUAAAAAAGGAGAAUGUGAUCGAUUGUAUAAAUUUGUUAAUUCUUUAAGUAAUUUUUUUUGUUUAGAGAAAAAUGAAGCAGAUGUUGAACGAUGGAUAAAUGAUGUAUAUGAAAAGAUAAAAAAAUACUUACCAUAUAAUCUAAGAAAUUUAAAUACUAAAUAUGUAGAAGAAUGGUUAAAAGGUCAUAUAGAACGAGUGUUAUAUAAUCAAAAGUAUAAAAAUAAAACAUUAUAUAAAGAAAAAUAUUAUAAUAUUGGUAAUGAUUUUAAAUAUGAUAAUUUACAAAUAAAUAAUGAUAAUAUAAUGGAAGAUAUGAAAAUAGAAUUUUCAACAAAUAAAUUAACCUUAUAUUUUAAAUCUAUUAUUCAAUUUUUUUUAGGAAAAAAAAAUAUAAAUAAAGAUUUAGAAGAACAAAUAAAUAUGAUGUUUAUAAAUCUAAAAAAAAUAGGUUUAGACAAUUGGCUACAAAUGGAUAUAAAUGAUUUUGAAAAAUAUUUAUUAAGAAAUAAUAAUAAUAAUAACAAUUUGAUUGAAAUAACAGAUAAUGAUAAAUAUGUUUCUUAUUUAAUGUUAAAAUGUGCUAGUAGAAAUAUAACUGAUUUCUAUUUUUAUGAAGAAUUUUCACCAUUUUAUUUAUUUCAUGAACAACCAAAAAAUUCAAUUGAAGAUAAAAUUAAUACAAUACAACAAAAUAAACAUAUAUCAGAUGAACAAUUAAAAAAUAUUAUUUAUAACAAUAAUUCUUCAGUAACUAUAAUAAAUAAUAAUAAAAGUAGUAAUACAUAUAAUGAUAUGGAUAUAGAUCUUUUUUUACAAAAGGAAAAAAAUUAUCAUAUGAAUAGAUCUGUAAUUACAUAUACAUAUAAUGAAAGUACAAAUACAUAUAAUUACAAAUAUAAGCAAAUACCAAAUACUAUAUAUGAUCAAAAUACUAAUAAAUAUAUAAGGGAAAAGGAUACCAUUGACCCUAUGCUAAAACUGAACGAAAUGCGAUCAUCCAUAUUGGAGGUAAAGCGUAUGAUGAGCAUGACCAAAGAUGGACGGGUUUACUACAUACGAAUUGUUAUCAUUAUAGGAAAUGGGAAAGGUGUUUAUGGAUAUGGUGUAGGAUUUGGAAAAAAUAUAAAAGAAGCACGAAAUAGUGCUCUACUAAAUUCUAUUAGUAAUUUAGAUUUUAUCGAUUUCAAUUAUAAAAAUUGUAUACUGAAUUUUCCUGUAAGUGGACAAGAAUAUUCUUCACAUGUGAAAAUUAUACCAAGACCAUUAGGAAAAGGUUUAAAAAUCAAUAGAAAAUAUUUACCUUUAGCAUAUAUUCUAGGAUUAGAUAAUGUCAAAAUAUCUUUUAGUGGAUCCAAUAAAUGGAUGAGCAGAAUUAAAGCAUUAAAAAGAUGUUUAAAUAAAAUCGUAUCUAUUAAAACCUUAUGUAAAAUGACGGGAAAGAAAUAUGUUUGUCAUUUUGCACCUCAUUAUUAUACGAGCCAUUGGCCAGAUUAUUGGUUUAAAAAUAUUCUAAAAGAAUAUAAAUAUAAAAUUCAAAAAAUACAAAAAAAAAGAACCAUGGUAUGUAGAAAAAAUUUCAGAUCCAAUAUAUCCAAAAUACCAGAAGAAGUUGUACCAGAUUUUACACCUUAUACUUGGAAAACACCUAUACAAAAAUUUGUAGAGUCUCAAAAAUUAAAAAAAUAUGUAGAUAAUAAUAUUUAUCGUACAAAUGUUUUUUAA